AUGAAGCCUCGCGCCCUCCUCCAGUCUGCGUGCCUCGCCGGCUCGGCGCGGGCGGCGCUCUGGGCUCGUGGUUAUAACAACAACACCACUGCCACCAACAUCAACAACAGUUACAGCAACAGCAACACCAUGGGCGGCGGCCGCUCCGUCAAUGCCACUGCGCCCGUCUAUGUCAACAACACGGCCGCUACCACCGCCAACGACAACAACACCACACCCGACAAAAGCGGCGUUGAGGAUAUCGGCAGCGGCAGCAGCAGCAGCAGCAGCAGCAGCACCGACGACCUCUCCUCCGCCGUCGGCGUCACCGCCACCCUAGGGGGCUACACCAUCCCGCGCGACCUCCCCGAUGGACACUACACCAUCGCCCUCCACCCCAACGGCACCGCGCUGCACACCCUCCGCUGGCACGCCCCCUCCCGCCGCUGGCACACGCUCCACCGCCGCGCGGGCGGCACCGGCGAGUACACCUUCCUCGUCGACGACGCGCACCUCCGCCUCGAGGCCGUGUCGCAGGACUCGCACGCCCAGCAGCGCGUGCCCCUCCCCGCCGACAAGCUGCAGUGCCACUGCCUCCACCAGCGCGCCUACUCCCCGCUCAACUACCCGCUGCCACCCGGCGACUACUACGCCUCCAAGCAGGAGCUCUUCAACUGGUGCAACACCUUCGGCUGGCAGGGCCACCACGUCAGCAUGGCCCUCGGCGGCAGCGUCGCCGUCUACGUCUGCGGCCGCAAGCACACCCACCACGUCAACGGCGUGUGCUCCGAGGCAGAGUACCUCGCCGCAGAGGGCAUCUUGAAUCAGACGUGCGGCGACGCCGGCGGCUACGUCUUCAUCGACGAGUGGAACAAGGAGUAUGGCCGCAUGUUUCGCGGCGAGACCAUCUGUCGUCUGUGGCAGGACGGGCCCGACCAGCUCAUCCCCGUAAAGACCGUCUUCGACGACCCUGACGGACGGGGCUCCCUCACCAGCGAGCCCAAGGGUGACAGGCCCGACGAGUCGGCAAAGGACCUGUACGACAAGACCGUUUUCGAGCCGCUCGAGUCCAAGUUUGGCAACGAAGGCGACGACGACGAGCGUCAGGACUUUCGUGGUACCUAUUCGCAGUAUAGCCCCGGCUGGGGAGAGGGCUGGAAGACUCUUCCACCGCCAAAUGAAGAGGAAUGGAAAGAGGACUCUCACUAA